ACUCAGAGAUCGACCGGGCUCAGUUCCUGGGCGUGGCCCGGAGCUGCGGUGGGAAGUUGCUUGAAGUUGCGAGAGGCUCUUCUGAGCUGGAAGACGCGCGACCGCCCUCCGUCCCUCCCCCCUGUCUUCAUUCAACAGAAAGUUCAGCUUUCUUGUUUGAACCCAAAGAAGAACGCUUUUCGCCCCCUCUUAAGUCUCCCUCGACAUGGCCGAGGAGCAGCCCCAGGUCGAGCUGUUUGUAAAGGCUGGCAGCGAUGGAGCCAAAAUUGGGAACUGUCCCUUCUCCCAGCGCCUCUUCAUGGUCCUCUGGCUCAAGGGUGUCACCUUCAAUGUCACCACAGUGGACACCAAAAGGAGAACUGAGACGGUGCAAAAACUCUGCCCUGGAGGUCAGCUGCCGUUCCUGAUGUACGGGACCGAGGUCCACACAGACACCAACAAGAUUGAAGAAUUUCUGGAGGAGGUUCUGUCCCCUCCCAAGUACCCCAGGUUGGCUGCCCGUAACCCAGAGUCCAACACAGCUGGUCUUGAUGUCUUUGCCAAGUUCUCUGCCUACAUCAAGAACUCAAACCCAGGGCUCAACUCCAACCUCGAGAAAGGUUUGCUGAAAGCACUGAAGGUGCUGGAUGUUUAUUUGAUGACGCCCCUACCGGAGGAGGUGGACGAGAACAGUGCCGAGGACGAGGGCCAAUCCAGCCGCAGAUUCCUUGAUGGGGAUGAACUCACGUUGGCCGACUGCAAUCUGCUGCCCAAGCUUCAUAUCGUCAAGGUGGUGUGCAAGAAGUACCGUGACUUCACCAUCCCCGAGGCAUUCCAUGGCAUCCACCGCUAUCUCAAGAACGCUUACGCCCGUGAGGAAUUUGCCAGCACCUGUCCGGAUGAUGAAGAGAUUGAAUUAGCUUAUGAGCUGGUCGCCAAAGCUUUGAAAUAACGAAUUUCUGAGAGUGGGAAAGGGACGUGGGGCUUCAAUGGCAGGGAUCUUGGGGUCUGGGAUUGGGCUUUGGAGGGUAUUUUUAUGUAUUUGUGUUUGGCAGCAGUGCUGGGG